UCUUCGUUCCAUUCCAAAUCCAAAGCAAAGGUUUGUGUGUGACAGUGAUAGUGAGAAGAGAGAAGGUGAAUUUUGGUAACAGAGACAGUGUUUUGUGUUGCGUAUCCAUCUUCAUCCCUUCAUUCCUUCCUUCUGGUUCGAUUGCGCACAGUACAAUCCUCAAAACCACUCUCUCAAACCAGAGACUGGAGCCUGAGAAGAAAAGGAUAGUUUAUGGGGGACGCCGCAGGAAGAGGUUUGGAAUGCCAGAAGACUAUGGAUGGGAAGGAGAGUAACAGGAAUGGCUUAGAGAAGGAACUUCCUUCAUGUUGUUUGAAGGCUAUUGCUUCAGACCCUGAGUUGGAUGCAAAAUGCCAUUCCACCGUUGUUUCUGGGUGGUUCUCAGCACCUCAAACUUGCUCUGGGAAAUCUGGGAAAGAUGCUUAUUUCAACAACCCAAUGUGGCCAGGAGAAGCCCAUUCAAUCAAAGUAGACAAGAUCUUGUACAAGGAAAAGUCAGAGUACCAAGAGGUCUUGGUUUUUGAGUCAUCAAUAUAUGGGAAAGUUCUUGUACUUGAUGGGAUUGUUCAGUUGACUGAGAAGGAUGAAUGCGCUUACCAGGAGAUGAUAGCUCAUCUUCCCCUUUGUUCAAUUGCGUCCCCAGAAACUGUUUUAGUUGUUGGUGGCGGAGAUGGCGGGGUUCUAAGGGAAGUCUCCCGCCACAGCUCUGUGAAGCGUAUUGAUAUUUGUGAGAUAGAUAAGAUGGUUAUUGAUGUUUCUAGGAAGUUUUUUCCAGAGUUAGCUGUUGGAUUUGAUGAUCCUCGAGUACACCUGCAUGUUGGCGAUGCUGUUGAAUUUCUUAGAUGUACUCCUGAGGGGAAGUAUGAUGCUAUAAUUGUUGAUUCCUCAGAUCCUGUGGGUCCUGCCCAGGAACUUGUAGAGAAACCAUUUUUUGAAACAUUAGCGAAAGCAUUGAGGCCUGGUGGAGUUCUCUGUAACAUGGCAGAAAGUAUGUGGCUUCAUACACACCUUAUCCAAGAUAUGAUCUCCGUCUGUAGAGAAACAUUUAAAGGUUCUGUACAUUAUGCAUGGGCAAGUGUUCCUACAUAUCCGAGUGGUCUGAUAGGGUUUCUUCUAUGCUCAACGGAGGGGCCACCUGUUGAUUUUGUAAACCCCAUCAACCCAAUUGAAAAGUUGGAAGGUGCAGAUAAGCACAAAAGGAAACUUAGAUUCUAUAACUCAGAGAUGCACACAGCUGCUUUCGCGUUGCCUGCAUUUCUGAAGAGGGAGGUGAGCUUGAUCCGUGAUCCUUCCGCUUAGUAGCAACUAAUGUUUGCAUGUUAUAGCCCCUAAAUAAUCAAUUUGACUUCAUAUUCAUUUGGGGAAAUCUCAUGACGUGGAUGAACAUGUAGUCAUCCGGGGAAGUAGACCAAAUGUGUGAGAAAUAGGAAGUUGUGGUGAUUAUUUGUCAGAAAAUUCUAUAUGUGGAACCUAUUUAGCUUUGUUGAACUCUUUGGGCGAUUUUGGAUGGCCUUGUCUCUAAUUUAUUAUACUAUUGCUAUUGCUUUUA